AUGUCUAUUCAAAACAAUUCAAUAAUUAAUUUGGAUGAUCAAGGAGAUGAAGAAGAUGAAGAGGUUAAUGCUGAAGAUUAUUCACACGAGUCAAGCCUUCUUCCUUCUAACAAAAAAAAAUCAUUCAGAACUGGUAGAAAAUUUUCUAAUAUUUGGAAAUAUUUCAAAGCUGGGAAUCAAGUUGGACUCAAUAAUGACAUUCGCAAAGCUAUAUUAGGAGAAUUUGUAAAAGAAUAUGGAGAUGUACCUUCAAAUGAAACACUUGCCCAAAUACUUAAACCAAUCCGAACUGCAAUACAAGAAUUAGAAACCACAUCCAUCACUUUAGCAGACUGCUAUAUUCAUCUUAUAAAGAUUGCUGCUGCUUUUAAGGGAUUACCUCUUGAAGACUACCGAAGUUUUAGAAAUUGUUGUGUAGAAACAUUUAAAUAA